UUAAAUAAAAAUGCUUUAUUACUUAUAAAAUGUCGAAUUUUAAAAUGCGCCUGCUUCUUAAACGACACAGUAAUUCUUAAUUCACGAAAUUAUUAUUAAAUUGAAUUAAUCAGCAAACAAACAAAUAUGUAAACGUAUUGACAAGAUUAUUCAAAACGCAAAUUGAACGAAUACAUAAAUAAAUAAUGUUACCGAAAUAAAAGACCAAACGGGUAUGCAUUACCAGUUCUAUGAAAUUUUUCCAACUUCCAUACUAAGUAUACAUAAUUACAUGAGUAUUACUACUGGAACUUGAAAAGGUGUGUCGACGUGAAAAACUCGUAGUUACUUUGUAUAUUUUUUUCAAGCACAGUUUCCAGUUUUUCUUGUUGUUUAAUGAUAAUAAUACUUGGAAGAUACGGAAGACUGGGUGUUACGAGUCAAUGGAAAUUGGCCUAAUUAUCUCAGGGCCAGAAAAUGAAAAAAAUGCUCAAAGAGAAAGUACAUUUGUUCGGUGAAACUGGGAUCAGCGAUCCAGUCGACUGAAAGAAUUCGUCGAGAACGGAAGCAAUGAAGAUACAUUCUAUUACGCUACCAAGCGGGCAUUUGAUGCCGGCACUUGGCUUUGGUACAUGGCAGGCAACUGACGAGGACAGUUUGAAGAAAGCUUUAAACAUUGCUUUAGAAGCAGGGUAUAGACAUAUCGACACAGCUCCAGUAUAUUACAAUGAGAAAAUAAUUGGUGAAGUUCUUAAAACAUGGAUCGAUUCUGGAAAAAUUAAACGAUCCGAUCUCUUUAUCGUCACAAAGCUUCCACCGUCAGGAAAUAGACCAGAAGACGUCGAGAAAUGGAUAAAGAAAUCUCUGCAAGAUCUUCAAUUAGAUUAUUUGGACUUAUACUUAAUUCAUACUCCGUUCAGUUUUGUGGAUGCUAGAGACGACUAUAUGCCAAAGGAUGAGGAGGGAAAAAUGAAACUAGAUCCAACUACCGAUCACGUGAAAGUAUGGGCUGAAAUGGAGAAACAAGUGGAAUGUGGACGUACUAGAGCGAUUGGUCUAUCGAACUUUAAUACGAGACAGAUCGAGCGAAUUCAGAAAAGUGCUAAAAUAAAAAUUUCAAUGUUACAAGUUGAAUUAAACCUCUAUUUUCAACAGGACAAAUUAGCACAGUUUUGUAAAAAGGAAGGAAUUCCUAUAACAGCUUAUUCGCCACUUGGUUCUCGAGGUCUUGUGAAGAUGAUGAAUAAAAUAGAAGAGAUUCCAGAUAUGUUAGAGAACGAUGUAGUAGUGGAAAUAGCAAAAACGUACAAGAAAACACCCGCACAAGUUAUACUCAGAUACAUUCUGCAAAGCGGGUUUGCAGUGAUUCCAAAAAGCACGAAUCCCCAGAGAAUUAAAGAAAAUAUUCAGUUGUUCGAUUGGAAACUGAAUUCAGAGGAUUUAGAAAAAUUGAAAUCUCUUGAUCAAGGGGAGUCUGCCAGAAUUUGUGAUUUUUCUUUCUUUAAAGGAUGUAGCGAACAUCCUGAAUUUCCUUUCAAAGUAUAUAGAAAUUAAUUAUAUACAGAUGUAACAAACCAUGUGGCACAGUAACAUAUUCUUAAGCAUACAAAUUACAAAAGUAACUUACGCCUCAAAAUCUCUGAUUAAAUACAAGAGCUAUUCUGAAAACUUGUCUUUUAUUGUAUCGUUUGCGAACAAAAUCUGAUACGCGUACAAUACAACUUAAAUAUUAUGAUACAUGAACUUGAA